UCUCAUCUCACCUCAUCUGUGUCUCCCCUCAAUCCCUAGCAUUCAAGCACAGCAACACGCGCACACACACUCACACCUGAGUCACCUGACCUAAACCCCCGCUCCCUUCUUUUCUUUCCUACUCUCACUCUGCAAAUGGACUCAUCACUGCCGCUUCCGGCGACCACCGAAGGCCACACAGCUCAUGUAGCCAACCCUACUCCCAGCAACGGUCCCCACCAAAGCCUUAAUCAUCCUCCUUAUGCUGAGAUGAUAACAGCUGCAAUCGGUGCUCUGAAGGAAAGAAAUGGGUCGAGCAGAAGAGCAAUUGCCAAGUACAUAGAGAGCACCUACCCUAACCUGCCACCCACCCACUCCGCCUUGUUGACUCACCAUCUCAAGAGAUUGAAGAACACUGGUCUCCUCCUCAUGGUCAAGCACUCCUACAAGCUCCCCAGAUCUGGUCCAUCUGGACCGCCUGUCCCUCCUGCUCCUCCCACCGCCCCAGACGACGACGCCGCCGCCGCCGCCCCCACCUCCGUCGCCGCCCAUCCUUCCGUGCCCAAAAGGGGCCCCGGCCGUCCCCCGAAGCCCCAUCCUCAGCUCAAUAUCAACCCCACUCUCGUCGCCCUGGGCCUAGUUGACGAGCCUCCACUCCUGAAGCGACGGCCCGGCCGUCCGCCCAACCCCGGGACUGGCUCUGUCGGAGUACAGCCCAAGCGGCGCCCCGGACGACCCCCCAAGACUGGGGCUGGGGCCAUGGGCUCGGUGGGGAGACCGAGAGGCCGGCCGAGGAAGGAGGGCGGUCCUUCUGUGGCCGCCGGGCAGAGCAGGCCACGUGGCAGGCCGCCGACAAGCGUCAAAGUUCGGGGUGCAUUAGGGGUGCAGCGGCGGGGCCGUCCUGCGAAAGUUGGUGGAGUCAGGAAGCCCAAGAAACUUGCCGGUAGGCCCGUGGGCCGGCCCAGGAAGAAUGAUUCAGAGGCAGCCCAGCAGGCGAACCAUGAAGAUCUCAAAGCAAAACUGGAGCACAUUCAAUCAAAAGUAAGGCAAGCUGUUGCGGCGCUAAAGCCUCACUUCACUAAUGAAAGUGCAACAAGUGCAGUUGCAGCUUUACUAGAUUUGGAAGAGCUUGCAGCAAUGGAUGUUAAUGCACAGUUUAAAGUAGGGGAGAGUCGGCCACCGCCACCACCAGUACCUAACAACCAAGAACCCUUGCUCUAGGGCGAAUGUUUGCUAGCCUUCUGCAUGGAUCAAGAACAUGCAUGCAUGUCUGUGAGUGCCAAAGGGCAGGAGGAGCCCACAGGAGUUGUAGCAGAGAACCUUCCUUCUUGUUUUUAGUUCUUUUUUUUUUUUUUUUAUUUUUUAAAAAUUUUUUUUUUGCGUGUGAAAAAAAAAAAAAAAAAAAAAGUAAAAGGAGAAGAGAAUGAGCUAAUUUGAGUACAUUUCAAAUGUGGUAAGGAAGUAGUGUUGGUAAGAUGGGAGUGUUAAGUGAUGGUGAAGAUAACGUGAAGUUUGUUGGUUGUGCACAUUUUGGGAUGACCAUGAAUGUUGUAUCUGUUUUUUCUUGUUUAAAUUUAAAUUGAAUUCACAUGAA